GUCAUCAGCAAGCGACGAGCGAUUGUAUUCAACUCGCUGCGAGCAGAAAUGUCAAAUAUCGUUAUUAGGAAAGCAGCGGGUGUUAAAAUAGAAUAAAAGUUAGGACAAUGAACUCUCGACUGUGUUACUUGUUAUUCAGACCGAGAUUACUCCGAUCACGUGGUGCGGGAGUCCUGUCAGUGCCCGAAACACAGCGAAUAGCCAGAGUAACACAUGAGGAGUCAAACAGCGCCUUCACUAACUCAACACUGAGGUCUGAUGUGGGACACGAUGCAGGAUUAGGAUUGAGUUUCUGCAGGAGUUUCUCCACCGAAGCCAUCGGACAGCUGCAGUCCACACACUAUCACCUGGUAUACACCUGCAAAGUUUGCUCCACUCGCUCCAUGAAGAAAAUCUCCAAGCUGGCCUAUCACAAGGGUGUCGUCAUAGUUACCUGUCCUGGGUGCAAGAACCAUCACGUCAUCGCUGAUAAUCUGAAGUGGUUCUCGGACCUGGAGGGGAAAAGAAACAUCGAGGAGAUUCUGGCUGCUAAAGGGGAAUCGGUGCGAAGAGUUGAAGGAAGCGAGGCUCUGGAGAUUGUUAACGAAGAAUCCAGAAAUAAUCCAGAUGAACAGAAACCAGCACAUCUGAGCGACGGUUCAGACAAAACAUGAUGGAUAUUUAUACUGACUGUCUGCCACUGGUUAUCUUAUCAGGUCUAGUAAUUCCUUGCAUCAUAUUGUUAUAGUUUUAAUACAUUUGUUCUAUUAAAGCACUGUAAAAUUAAAUAAAUCAUCACCUCAAGACUUUUGAUGUUAUUUUGAAGUGUUCUGCUCCCCCUGGUGGUCACUGCAACAUUUACACUUGGCUUAUUUUAGAGAGCUUUGACUGGAAAACAUAAAAACAGCUUAAUCGAUAACAUUUUUCCACAAACAACCAAUGAGUACAAGCAAAAACACAAAAAGAAGAGGCUUAGACAUUCUGAAAUGGACUAAAACAGCAGUGUUUUAAUCAUUACUUUAGUCUAAUGUAAUAUAAUCCUUCAAAAAUGAUUCCUCUGCUUAUUUGACGGUCUAUUAUGAUCAAUUAUUAUUGGUGCUCAGUCUUAAAUAAUGUUUUUUAUUAUAAAUGUUGACUUUAUUCUUGCUUCAUUUUUCUUAUACAUUUUAGUUUAAGGACUUUUCAAAGAAUGAAAGUUACAAAUAGCAGCAUUUAUUUGAAAUUAGAUGUUUUGUAAAGAUAUAAAUGUUUACGGUCAUGCUUGAUCAAUUUAAUUUAAUGUCCUUGAUGAAUGAAAGUAUUUUAUAAAAGGAAAAAUAAACAAUUUUUUUUUAAUGUUA